CCUACGAUUACCGACGGAAACCUGAUGGGGUACAGACUCACAGUGCUAGAGGGGAGUACAUGUGUCCGUGAGGUCAUCUUUAUCUGUACAUCAUGCACUUGGGUAAUGAAGUAAAAUAUACAUCAUUUCCCCAUACCAUUACAUGUGAAGUAGCAGACAAACUAUCAGUGGUGGUUAUGGCUGCUGACCUAGACAGCUACACCUACACCGUGGACAACCUUAACCCAUACAUCACCUACACUAUUAGUGUGUUGGCUGUUAAUGCAGCAGGGGACGGUCAUCCCAUCACAACGUAUGUCCGAACUGACCAGGAGGGACGCUCUUGUGGAACUGAUACUUUGUAUGCACCAGGAGUUGCCUUGACAGUUACCGGUGUACUUACGCUUUUGUUAACAGUUGUACUCGAGAUUAUGUUCAGACGAAACAGACGACUUUGCUGUAUCACAGGCCAGGUUUCAAAACAGACGAAAUUCCAGAGUGUUCAACUAUCAGAACGAGGAAACAUUGGCGAAUCCUAUACAACACCUCAUAGCGACUAUGAAAGAUCCCCAUAUCAACAGCUUGAUAUAAGUGAUGUUGCCAAAGCGUCCGUAUACUCUGAACUUGGAGGGCCUCGUCAAUCCGCAGUUUACCAAAAUGAUCCAAUGAAUGACAGAGAUGGCGGAUAUUACGAGUCGAUUGAGGGGAGCUCUAAACAAAACCGCUGAUGAACUUCAUAGUAGAUCAUUUGGUAGCAGCGAGACAUAAUAAUCACUACCGCCCAUUACCGGUGACGACAAACAUUUAUCCAACAAGAGGAAACUCAUCUUAACGAUGUUUUAGAACCUGUUUUUGGAGGCAAGACAUGAAGAGUGACAUCUCAAUGAUGUUUUAUUUGUUGAAUAGAAAGAAAGAAUAACAAACUUUCGGUGUUGACAAUGCUUGAAGCAAUUUUACUAUUCGAACAUUUAAAAAAAAACACUUUCACUUGGUACUUUUUUCAUUAAUAAAUGCAAAAAAACAUUAAAUACAAUACUGCAUAUACAAACAAUUGCAUGUUUAUUUUGUAACCAACACCUAUCUAAAUAUAUCUAAAUGGCGGCAGAAUAUUACAUUUUUAUGCAAGACUUGAAAGUAUAGAUCCAUUGCUAAAAUGUAUAAAGCAAGCUAACCAAGCUUGGCAUAAAGUUAGAUAACAAAAUGGACAUAUCCGAACAUUCAUCAUUUACAGAAUAUCAUGCAGAUUCUCCAGUGACUCUUGGUAUUAGGGGAAUACUUGGGAUCACACGGGAUUGGGAAAACCGAUGACAACAUCAUAAUUUCGUAGAUCAUAGAUGCUAAUAAAAUAGAAUCACUAUCAUGAAAUAAUGGGGAUGUUCUUAUCCAGUAAAGUGGAUGGUUUGCCCUGUUAGUAAUUUAAUAAAAUGAUAAUCACUCUCAAUUUAGUUUUGGUAUCAUAUUUAAAUGUAUGUCUACAACAACAAAAAAACGAGAUUCAGUGACAGCUGGUGUAUUGCUAAUCAAUUCAAAUCUAACAUAGCGAACACAAAUUAAGUUCUUGUGUUUUAAGUUGUACAUUGUAUUUUGUAUUAGUGAAGCAGAGAUAGUUUACCCUCUCGAAACACCUGUUCUUGUUCUUCUUGUAUUGUUUGAAAUGUUUCCAUGCAAGUUAUUACUUUUGUUUGUAUUUUGCCCUUGAUUUGAAGUUUCAAUUAUGUUUUCGUUUCUUUGUUGUUUUUAAACUGAAUGUGAAGGUUCUAUAUCUCCUAGCCCUUUCGUCCACCAAAUACACCGCUGAUAUCGAGAAACAUUCAAUAAUUGUUGGUAAAAUGCAUGGUAAUAUCGACUUGUAAACAAAACCGUUAGUCUAACUGAAAACGAGGUUCGCCUACGUGAAAUAAUGGUCAAGAAGAUUGAGAUAAAGUGUUCUGUAAGGGCUCGGUAACCGAACACCAACUCUGGUAAAGACAAAGGAAUGUGUUUCUGUAGGAAGUUCUUUGAAGUUAUGUUAUAGUCUGUUUCAAUAUGGAUUACCAACUCAGGCAAAAAAAUAGUGUUAACUCAGGUAUAUGAAUCCGGUAUAGUUUUCUAAAUUAGAACCACUAUCAUAUAUCUUAUUUUACUAGUAAUAAUACAAAGACAAUAUCAAUAUACAUGUAUAUAGAAUAAAUAAAAAAUCUAAUAAUAAUGAUAAUCUAAGAUUAAAAUACAUAGAUAAAAAAUAAAUGAACUUGGAUAUUGUUUUUUUUAAAUCAAACCACUAAUUACAGAGAUUACUGUUAAUAAAGACAAUAUAAGUUGAUGAUGAAUUUAACGUUGACCUGUGCGUUCGCCAUUCUGUGUAUGAUAAAUAAAAAUCAUUACCAAUAACUAAACCUGAAACGGAUACACACAAGAAUAUUACAAUUGUUCUACAAGAACUGAUCUAUAAAGUAAUUAUAUAACAUUUAUCCAUAUUUGUAUAAAUAAAUACAUUUAUGUCA